AUGGAGGAAGGGAAGGAGGAGAACGCGGACUACGUGCUAACCCUCUUCGAUGUCUAUUGGUUUCACCGCCAAAUCCUUCGCCCUUCUCCCCGGCCGCCGCCUCCACCGUUGCCGGUGCUACCUCCGCCUCUUCUGGACCGGGAGGACGCUGAAUCCCAAUCCUCGGAGUCGCCUCCUGCCUCCCGCCGCUCACUUCUCCUCCGUCGCCACCGACGAUCUCUCAGCGACGAGGACGCUCCCUUGACGGAGCUCCGCAUCCAGACCCCCAAGCUGCAGACAAUCCUCUCCGGCAAAGAAGGCCUCGUCAGAGACGAGCCCCGGCAAAACGGUGCGACCGCCAGCGGCGGCGAGAACUGGACUGCGGCCACGAGGCGGAGGCGGCGGCGGAGAAGGAGGGAAAGGAGUGGGAGGAGCAGCAGGAGCUUAUCGGAGCUGCAAUUCGAGGAGGUAAAGGGGUUCAUGGAUCUGGGUUUUACGUUCUCCGAAGCGGAGGCGGACCCCAGGCUGAUAUCGAUCGUGCCCGGGCUCCAGCAGCUGGGGAAACGGGAGCCCGGAGACGGGGAACAGGCGGCGGAAGGCUCAUCUUGCGCCUCCGAGGAGGUGGACGAGUCGGCGAUCUCGAGGCCGUACCUCUCGGAGGCGUGGGACGCGCCGGAGAACAAGCUGGUGAAUUGGAGGAUCCCGAAGGCGGCGGACGGCGUGGUCCUAAAGGACCACCUCCGGUCCUGGGCCCACGCGGUCGCCUCCACCGUCCGAUGA